AUGACUGAGCGUGACUGGCGCAUUUUCCGGGAGGAUUUCAACAUUGCGUACAAGGGCUCCAAGGUGCCGCGUCCCAUGCGCAACUGGGAGGAGAGUGGGCUGUCAGCGGAGCUGCUGAGGGCCGUGAAGGAGAUCGGCUACACCAAGCCGUCGCCCAUCCAGAUGGCUGCCAUGCCCAUCGGGCUGCAGCAGCGAGACGUGAUUGGCAUUGCCGAGACUGGUUCCGGCAAGACAUGUGCCUUCGUGCUGCCCAUGCUGACGUACAUCUCCAAGCUGCCGCCCAUGACCGAGGCCAACGAGGCCGAGGGGCCGUAUGCCGUGGUCAUGGCGCCCACCAGAGAGCUGGCACAGCAGAUUGAAGAGGAAACAGUCAAGUUCGCCCAGUUCAUGAAUCUCCGGGUGGUGUCAAUUGUGGGAGGCCAGUCCAUUGAGGAGCAAGGCUUCAAGCUACGACAGGGCUGUGAGAUCGUGAUUGCCACGCCUGGAAGGCUGUUGGACUGUUUGGAGCGACGAUAUGCAGUCCUGAACCAGUGCAACUACGUGGUGUUGGAUGAGGCUGACCGCAUGAUCGACAUGGGCUUCGAGCCGCAGGUGACAGGAGUGCUGGAAGCCAUGAACACAACGUUCCUCAAGCCGGAGAGCGAGGACGCAGAGCUGGAUGCCUCCCGCAUCUACCGCGUGACCUACAUGUUCUCUGCAACCAUGCCUCCCAGCGUCGAGCGGCUGGCCCGCAAGUACCUCCGCAACCCCGUCGUGGUGACUAUCGGCACGGCAGGCAAGGCGACAGACCUGAUCACACAGAACGUGUUUAUGGUGAAGGACUCGGAGAAGAUCUCCCGCCUGCAGCGCCUUUUGGAAGGGAUUGGGGAGGACCGCACGGCCAUUGUGUUUGUGAAUACCAAGAAGACGGGAGAUGGUGUUGCCAAGCAGAUUGACAGGAUGGGGUUCAACGUGACCACGCUGCAUGGAGGCAAGACGCAGGAGCAGCGAGAAGUCAGCCUGGAGGGCUUCAGAACGAAGAAGUUCAACGUGCUGGUGGCCACGGAUGUGGCUGGGCGUGGUAUUGACAUCCCGGACGUGGCACAUGUCAUCAACUUCGACAUGCCAGGCAACAUUGAGAUGUACACUCACCGCAUUGGGCGAACGGGGCGUGCAGGCAAGACAGGCGUGGCCACCACCUUCCUCACGCUGCACGACUCGGAGCUCUUCUACGACCUCAAGCAGAUGCUUACUCAGAGUGGUUGUGCCGUACCUCCCGAACUCGCCCGGCACGAAGCUGCCAAAUUCAAACCAGACAUUGACAUCCUCGACCCUUCGCAGAUGGCCUCCUAUACCAACGACCAACUACUGCUAACGAGCUCCUCUUUCCUCUAG